AUGAGGCAGCUGGCCAAGGGGAGUGAGAGGGGAGAGGUGCUGUCACUGGUGUCCCGCUUUGCUCCCAGGGCCAUCUUCGCACACAGGCCAGUGCUGGGAACCAAGCUCCUCAUCUGCAGAAGGCCCCCUGGUGGUCACGGGGGCUCAGCUAGAGAGUCCCUGCAGCUGGCUGCGGGGUCCCCAGGGGCACUUGACGAAGCAGCAGCGCUGUGUCCAGCGAACACCCAGGAGCUCAGUGACUCGGCUGACUUCACACGGCAGGGCACGGGCCCGAGCAGCGAGAAAACCACCUACCGUCUCGGAACGCCUACCGCGUGCGCCAGGCCCCGGCAGCUCGCCGACCCUCACAAGCGACACGGCCAGGCAGGCACCCUUCUCCCCACUUCACAGAUAAGGAGGCAGAGGGGUAGAAGUGAUGGUGGGAGCAUUCCCACGGUGUAUGAGCAGGACGAGAAAGGGCUGAGACAAGUGUGUACAAAGAACACACCCUCCAGAAUACAAGCGAGAGGCUGGCGACCGUUUCAGAUCAGCGAAGAGCUCAUGGGAAAGGACACAGCUUCUGGGCAAACCUCGAGCGCGGGGAGUGGCGGCAGACAGACCCGGAGGGGCCCAGACGCCAGGGAGGGACUUAACAGGGGGGUGAUGGAGGGGGAACCUGCGGCCCCUCUCCAGCCGCAGCUCCGCCUGCCACCGUCACGUACUGGAAACUGCGGGGGGGUGCGCGGGGGAAACGACCUUUCUGGGCAGGACCCACAGGCGCGGCGCAAGGAAGCUCAGGAGGCAGGGCGGCGGCGCCGAGCGGUGCCAGGUGCAACCCGCGGCUUCUCGGGCGCGCACGCCUCACCCGGCCGGAAGCGCCCCGCCCACUACGUGAGCGGGGCGGGGCCAAAGGGCCUCUUCCGGCCUCGGGGCCCUCCGCGGGGGGCUGCUCGCGGGUUGACUGCAGACCGUUUGCCCACGAGCCUGAAACCAGGGGCGAAUUCUGUCACAGGUUGUCACCAAACGGCAACGUUUUCCCGGAACUUGCUUGGGAUUCCGUUUCAAAUCUGUAAUAGAUUGUCGCCAGAUGGCAAAGUUUUCGGUAGAUUUGCCCAGAUAGGGUACUUGUACAACGUGGAGACGUACCAUUGA